CAAACCGAGGCGGUUAGGAAUUCCUUCUUUUCUAGUCACCCGAUCUAGCUAAAAGCCCUAAUCUCGAAAAUCAUCUGAUGGCACCGCCGAAGGCAGAGAAGAAGCCGGCGGAGAAGAAACCAGCCACGGCGGAGAAGAAGCCACCGAAGGCGGAAAAGAAGAUCCCCAAGGAAGUUGGGGAUGGGAAGAAGAAGAAGAGGACGAAGAAGAGCAGCGAGACCUACAAGAUAUACCUAUUCAAAGUGCUGAAACAGGUGCACCCUGAUAUAGGGAUAUCGAGCAAGGCCAUGGGGAUCAUGAACAGUUUCGUGAACGAUAUCUUUGAGAAGUUGGCCCAGGAGUCGUCUCGCCUCGCUCGCUAUAACAAGAAGCCCACCAUCACUUCCCGUGAGAUCCAGACGGCGGUGAGGCUGGUGUUGCCCGGUGAAUUGGCCAAACACGCCGUUUCAGAAGGGACCAAGGCUGUUACCAAAUUUACAAAGUUCUUAGAUUUUAUUACAUGGUAGAAUAAUAUUGUUUACUUUUUUGAUGUUAGUACAUUAGUAGUGUAUUGUUCUCCGCAUAUUAGUAGUGUAUUGUUCUCCGUUUGUGGAUUGAUUGAUCAAAUUGAUUCCUGGGAUUUGCUGUUGAAUGGAAUUUAGGAUUUUUGGAAC